AUGGCUGAUGAAAUUGCAUCAGCAAUGGAGCAGGGAAUAGUGGAAGAACAGGCUAUAAAGUGCCCAAGGCCUUCAGCAAAGAGACAAAGGAAAGGAUCUCCUGACGCCCGAGAAGAAACAGAUAACGAACGUGUAGACGAUAGUCUUCUGCAAGAUGCACGUAGAAUCAAAGAAAACAUCAGGGUCUACAUGAACGCAACAGACAGGAACGUGAGUGCGAAGGUACAAAAGCACGUUAAUGGGAAAAUUCAGCAGUUAAUAGAUAUAAUGGAGACAAUAUAUGAUAAGAACUAUGAAAAAACGUUUUUAGUACAACGUGUGGUAAAGGACACAUUAGCUUCCUCUGAAAUGUAUGAUAUCAUAGUAAAUGCAUUAGUGGAAAAAGCAGUACCUAUGGUUAUCGAGGGAAUCAAGACGGAAAGUAAAACCAUACAAAGACCACUGUCAGAACCUCAGACAUCUCGGGAGUUUCCAUGCGUUAAAGAACAACCGCUAUUAGCCGAUGCCCUUAUUGAGACCACGGAGAAUGAAAGUUUCCAGGAAGCCUUCGCAUCGAUGAUAAAUGACUUCUCUUGUCGGUUUCCUUACGUUACGAUCUCGAACGGCCAUUACUCAGCUGGAAAAUCGUCGAAGAAAAAUGGAAGGGAAUUCCUCCUGUGA